AUGGUGCGCACAGCAGCCCUCGUCGGCCGCGGUCGGCUGGCGCCACGAGAUAUGAUGCUUCUGCCGGCGCUCCUGCCGGCGCUGCGCGACCUGGUGCUGGCGCAGCUGCCCCAUUACGGGGAGCGGUGCAUAGCAAACACGCUGCACAGUGCGGCAGCCCUCGACAUGCGUGAUCGCGAACUGCUGGCGCGCCUCAUGGACGCCGCAGCGCAGCGCGCUGCAGAGAUGACGCCCCAAGGCGUGGCCAACGUCGCCUGGGCGCUCGCGCGACUGAGGGCGCCGCCGCCGCCGCGGCUGCAGGCCGCGCUGCUGUCUGCGUCGUCUGCGGCGAUGGGCGCGUUCUCCCCCCAGGAGCUGGCAGACGUCGGCUGGGCCGUGGUGCUGCUGCGCCUGGCGCCGGCUCCCGAGUGGGCGGCUGCCUGGCUGGCGGCGUCACAGUCCCGCCUGCCACAUGCAAACGACGUUGCAGCUGCACGCCUGCUGUGGACGGCCGCGCGGCUGGGGGUGACGCCCGGCGAGGAGUGGCGGGAGCGCGCGUGGCGGGCUGUGGAGCAGCGUUUGCCAGCGGCCAGCCCCCACAGCGUGGCAAUGACGCUCUGGGCGGCGCAGCAGCUUUGGGGGCCUGCAGGGGGCCUUGACACCGAGCAGCGCGGCGCGCUGCUGCAGCGGGUCGUCGACACGCUGCCGGCAGCGCACGCCGCAGACGUAACGGUUGUGCUGCACGCACUUGCGGGGCCCGGCGGUGCACCACCGAAUGAGGCGGCUGCUGCGGCGCUGCUUUCGCGAGCGGCCCGGCUGGUGCCCGCCAUGACCAUGGCGCAGGUGACCAAGCUGCUCUGGGCGUGCGCACGGCUGCGGCUGGCGCCGGGGGAGGGCCUGCUGCGGCGCUGCGCGUCCAAGCUGUUUUAUGGCCUGGCUGACGUCAGAGCAGGCGACCUCGCAAUCGGCCUCUGGGGCCUUGCGCGCCUCGGUUGGGUGCCGCCGGCCGGCUGGGCGGGCCUCCUUUUCUCUCAGGUGCAGGCCGUGGCGGGCGACUUCAAGCCGCGUGAGGUGGUUGCGUUGCUGUCGGCUCUGGCAGAGCUGCGCAUGCUGCCGCCCGCCGCAGUGCUGGGUGCCCUGCUGGGUGAGCACCGCAGCGCGGAGCAGCAGCUCAGCGCGUAUGGCCCGCGCAACCUGGCCAUGCUUGCCCUCGCGCUCGCGCGGCUCAGCCAGCUGCACGCGGCUGUGUGGGCGCAGCGCCAGCAGAGAACCAGGUCGCCGCCCCCGCCCCCGCAGCAGCAGCAGCCGCAGCAGCAGCAGCAGCAGCAGCAGCAGCAGCUGCAGCAGCAGCUGCAACAGCAAAUUGAUAUGGAGUCACAGCAGCAGCAGCAGCAGCAGCAGCAGCAGCAGCAGCAGCAGCGGCCCACGCCACCCCCCCUAGCGGGUGCCCCUCGUGACCUGCGCGAAGACCUGCUCCAGGCCAGCUUCCACAGGCUGGGGGCCAUGAGUGGCCGUGACCUGUCAACGCUGGUCUGGGCACUGGUGGAGCUGCAGAUGGGACCGCCUCCUGCGUGGCUUUACAGCUGCGUCGCCGCAUGCGACAACCAGCUGGCCGCCAUGAGCGCCGCGGACGUCGCCAUGCUGGUGCGCGCCCUGCAGCGCCACAACGCGGACGCGCGGCUGACGCGUGUCGAUGAAUUCCUGGGCCGUGCCCUGGAGCGCCUCGGGGAGCUGGAGCACCAGGGCGGGGAGUACACGGCGGGGCGGCUGCAGGCGCUACUCGGCAUGGGGCGAGCCAGCGACACACACGGCAGUGCAGGCGGCGCUGAGCCUGCAGGGGUGGUUGACAGGAAGCUGCGGCAGCGGCAUGCGGUCGGCCCUGAAGGGGCCGUGCACGCAAACGCCACCACCCACCAUGGCCCCAGCAGCAGUGGCCCCGCUCAUCAAGACAGCAGCAAUGACAGCAGCAGAAGACAAGCAGCCAUGCGGAGAGGCGGCAGCACUCGGCCCCGUGGCCGGCACAGGGCGCAGCACAAUGGCGUGGCCGCUGCCCUCAAUGGUUCUAGCAUAAUCGGUGUGUCGGCGGAGAUCAGCCUGGUCCUGGAUGAAGGGGCAGUGCUCUCCUCGCAGUCCGCGCCGCAAGACACCCACGGCAGCAACGGCAGCGGAAGCAGUGAUAGCUGCUCAGGGCCAAGCUCGGCGAACUGCAGCAGCAAUGGCAACCCUGGCCCUGCAUCGGUGGAGCGGCUGGUUGGGGUGUAG